CGUAAACAAAUUUUGUUUCAUAGAGAGUAUAAACACACAAUUUUGUGAACAGUUGUUUCACUCAUUGUCAUACGAGGCGAAAUCAACAUAAAAAAACAUACAAGCAAUUAGCAAUGAAGCUGAUAAGCAUGUAUGCUAUACUUGUAUUACUUAUCACAACACCAAUUGCAACAUCAACAUCUACAUCAGGCGUUGUGAAUACUGAGAGCAAGAUUAACAUCAACUUUUGUCAGAUGUAUCUUAACUGGGGUAGUAGUUGUCAAGAUAAAAAUUGCAAUGAUUAUUGUUACAAAUUGAAGGGGAAAUUCUCAUGGGGGAAUUGCGUAACAAUGUAUGGUAUGAGAAGUAGAAAUUCUCUCGCCUUGGAAAUCGAAAGCACUAUCAUUUGGUGGGAGAUUAACCUUAGCAAAAGCUGUCUUGGGCAGUCUCCCGUCAUACUACUUCUCUAUUUUUGUGGCCCCAGUGGGGGCAGUCUCCCGCAAAAACCUGCUAAUGUUUUGUCGAAAAGAACUUUUGCAGGUGUGUGGAACAAUAUAGCAGAGGUGGCGAAUGAACUAACUAAAGUUGGGAUAAGUUUCCAAGACAUCCUAAAGAAGAAAGUGAAGAACGGCAACGAUACCCUCUUCUGGAUGGACGAAUGGUGUGAUGGCGAGCCACUAAAAGAUCAAUUCCCAGAUCUAUACCAACUGGAAAGGCGUAAAACAUGCAGAAUUAGCCAAAGAGUGCUAGCAGAAGGCUAUAAUUGGGAAUGGAGAUCAGUCCCUACAACUGGCUCUCAAGCUCACAGCUUUCAGAUGUUGUCUGAUGCCAUUGAUGUAUAUCGACCCUGUCCAGAUCCAGACUCUUGUAUUUGUCCCUUAUCGGAUGACGGUAUUUUCCAUGUAAAGGCAAUCAAAUUAAGAAUCGAUAAUAAAGAACUGGCAAUCAAUGAAGUAGUCAUCCCAUGGCUUCAUGAUAUCCCUAUAAAGGUCAAUACCUUUAUUUGGAGAGCUAAUUUGGGACGUAUCCCAUCCAACCUGGCGCUAAAGAGGAGAGGAAUUACAAAUAUAAGGGAAUCAUGUCCUCAAUGCCAUAUCGAGGAUGAAGAUUCAGAUCAUAUUAUGAUACGUUGCCCGUUGGCGAACAAGAUAUGGGAGCUGAUAUUUCAAUGGUGUAAUAUUCCGAAACCGGAUUUUCAAACCAUUGGUGAUCUUAUUGGGCUAACGAAAACUUGGAGAAGAUGCAGAAGAAAGAAAAACAACCUAAUUUGCAUUUGUUUUGGGGUGAUGUGGAUACUAUGGAAAACCAGAUGCGAAUUGGUAUUCAGGAGCACACGAUACUCAUUCUCCCAGAUUAUUGACAGGGUUAAAUCUAUUGUAUUCAAUUGGAUUAGGCAUAAGAGAGUAGAAUGUAAUAUUAAAUGGGACGAAUGGUGUGUUUGCCCUUUAAAUUGUCUGUAA